AUGGCGUUGGUGACUUUUUGGUUAGGCUUUAUUGCCGUGCAGACAAUUGCGAAAACUGUUUCAAAGUGUAUUUUUGGAGAGAAAAGAGAAGAAAGUGGCGAAGUACCACAAGAGAUUGUGUUGAAUGGAAAAGACCAGGAGAAUGACAGAAAUAACAACUCGCUUGAUAAUUGUGAAAGUGGCGCAGCACCACAAGAAAAUUUCUUUAAUAACAAAGACCAGGAGAAUGACAGAGAUCACAGCUCCCUUAAAAAGCUUGAAAGUAGCGCAGUUCCACAAGAAAAUGUCUUAAAUAGAGAAGACCAGGAGAAGGACAGAAAUACCAGCUCCCUUGAUAAGCUUGAAAGUGGUGAAGUACCUCAAGAGAAUGUCUUAAAUAACAAAGACCAGGAGAAUGACGGAAGUAACAGCUCUCUUGAUAAGUUUGAAAGUGGCGCAGUACCACAGGAAAACGCCUUAAGUGAAAAAGACCAGGAGAAUGACAGCUCGCUUGAUAAGCUUGAAAGUAUUGAAGUACCGCAAGAGAAUGUCGUAAAUGAAGAAGACCAGGAGAAUGACAGCUCGCUUGAUAAGCUUGAAAGUAUUGAAGUACCGCAAGAGAAUGUCGUAAAUGAAGAAGACCAGGAGAAUGACCGAGAUAACAGCCCGCUUGAUAAGCUGGAAAUUACUUCUGAAGCCAAGAUUCCAGAGAGGAAAUAUUCCCUUGCCGAUUUCACGUUUCUCAAAGUACUGGGAAAAGGUGGUUUUGGGAAGGUCAUGUUGGCAGAAAAGAAGGGCAGUGACCAGCUUUUCGCCGUUAAGGCUAUUGAGAAGAAAAAGACGGUUAAGAAUGGUGAUGUGAAAAACGUCUUCACCGAGAAGAGAGUGGCAGCUUUAGCAUCCGGUUAUCGUUUCCUCACAGCGCUACAUUCCACCUUCCAAACUGCGGAUCGUUUGUUUCUUGUGAUGGAAUACGUUAGCGGUGGCGAACUGAUCUCGCUGAUUUGUAAAGAAGGAGGAUUUGGUGAAAAAAGAUCUUGUUUCUACGCUGCCGAGCUUGUUCUGGUCCUUCGAUACCUUCACGGACAAGGUAUUAUCUACAGAGAUUUAAAGGGCGAAAACGUCCUUUUAGACAAGGAUGGUCAUAUUAAGUUGGCUGAUUUUGGACUUUGUAAAGAAGGACGAUAUCAAAGUAAUUUAAUUCAAGCAGAUGCUUAUCUUUAUUUCACUGAUUUGCAGUUUCUGACAAAGGACUGUAAUGAAAGGCUCGGCUGCACAGCCAGCGGGGAGCAAAGCGUUCUGGAUAAUGCAUUCUUCAGAGAGAUGGACUGGGUCAAGUUAGAGGCGAGACAGAUAGAACCUCCUUUCAAGCCCACAAUAGUAAGAAAAAUGCUACAGUCAAGAGCAGAUGUUCAAAAUUUUGACAGCUUCUAUACAAGCGAGGACCCAGUCCUUUCUCUGCUGUACGAAGAGAACACGUUAAACUUGGAAGAACAUUUCAAGAACUUCACCUUCGUAAAUCCAGAAUUUAUAAGCGACACACUCGCUUAA